AUGGGCUUCCAUGGAACAGAUGGGUUCUCGAUUUAUGAUGGCAUGGGAAGAUUGUCGCUUCGGCUCGACAAUUACACGAGGAAGCGCAAGUGCUUUGCGGGAGAGCUUCUGCUCAUGGAUGGAAAUGGGAAGGCUGUCGUGACUCUGAGGCCUCAGAUCUUGAGCAUGCAGGACAGAUGGAGUGGGUUCAGAGGUGAAGAUGGCCGGGAAACAGAUUUCAGAUCCACUCAUGUCUUCGACACCAGGAGGCGAUCGGUCCUUCAAAGUUGCGAUGAGGCCGAGGUGCUCAUGGACAGUACUCCAGACCACAAACUCCCAGAUUUCAGAACCGAAGGAUGUUUCAGACGAAGAAACUGCAAGAUCAUGGACAGGAAUGACGAUGAAGUGACACUAAUAAGCCGCAACAAGGAGAACAAGUCGGUCGCACCGGGAGACGACGUCUUCAGCUUGAUCAUUCAGCCUAACAUGGAGACUGAGCUGAUGGCGGCUUUUCUGGUCCUCAUGGAUCGCAUCUGUACUUAG